AUUUCGGUAGCAGCAAACAAUAGGGGUUAUAAAUGAAAAAUAAUAAAAAAAUAAAAAACAAAAUAGGAAAAUUCAAGUAAAAUUUUAAAAAAUAAAGAGAAAAAGCAGUCAAAGUUGGGUCAAGAAGUUGCUAUUUCAAAUAUAUUUAGAAAAUAUGUUAUGAAGAAAGAAAUAAAAGUACAAAAUAAGUAAAAAAAAAAAAAAUAAAGACACUAAUCUCUUAUUAUAAGCAUGACCGACAAUACUUUUACAACAAAUCUAAUUUAUAGUAACUUCUAAUCAUUCUGUUUUGUGUUUUUCUAAAAAAAAAAAAAAAAGUUUGUUUUACAGGUUUAAUAAAAUAUUGAAGUAAAUUAUAAUAAUCAGUCAAAGGGGACUGAUUAUCCCUAACAUUUUAUUUAAAUUCUUACAUCAUCGUCACACAAAAGCAUCACUUUCUUUUAGAAUUAGACAAUAUAUGACAUAUCAGAUACAAUUUCAAUGUACACAUAAACAAAUCCUAUUCUAUAAAACUGUUAUAAAUAAAAAUAUUCUUAAAACAUGAUUAAAUAAUCACCUUUAUUUUAUUUUAUUUUUUCAAAAAUAUAUUAUAUCAGGAUUAAAAUGUUUAAGUUCACACCUGCUAAAUGAAUCCAUAAAAUAACAUUUUGGUAACAAUCACCGUUACAUAAUAAGUCUAUGAUGGUCUCUCAGGCGCCGUUCGCCGUGUCCGUCCAGGACCCCAUGGUGUGCGCCGGUUGUGCGGAGCAGGUGUGCGAUCGCUUCUUCCUGUUGGCUGCAGGACGGGUGUGGCACAGCGUGUGCCUGCGCUGCAGCCUGUGUCACUGCGAGCUGCAGACGCACUCCUCCCUGUACUGGAGAGACGGAAACAUCUACUGCCAGCAGGAUUACUGCAGGAUGUUUGGAGGGGGUCAGUGUGCUCGCUGCUUCCAGCCAAUCCCACCCUCCGCUUUGGUCAUGAGGUCAGGCGAUCUGACCUUUCACCCUCAAUGUUUCUCCUGCCAGGAAUGUGAUGUUAAAUUGUUGCCGGGGAACCUGUACUGCAUGCAGGGGACAAACCUGUACUGUGAGUCCCAUUAUCAGGAUGAGGGGGGCAACAUGCCUCAUCACGACCCCUCGAUGAGACUGAGUCUAACAGAAGGUGAGAGUACACGUGUGACACAAGAACUGUGUGUUUCCUGCACCAUUUGACCUUUAACCUUUCAACUAUAGCAGUAUAUUUAAAUAUUCAUGUCACACUAACUUAUUUACCUCAUGUUAUAUUGAAACAAAACUUAAAAUAAAAGAAAAGGUAAAUAAAUAAGAAAUAAGUGAGGAAAAAUGUGUGAAAUUCAGACAUAAAUUGACAUUUUCUCUAAAUUUUAUUGACCCAAACAGAAGAAUUACCCAGAAGGAUUAGCUUUCCAAGGUCUAAAUUACGUGGGAAUUUUCACCUUUAUAUUUGAGCAACUGA